AAAACUGAAAGUAAAUUGGUGUCUGAGAACAGCAGCCGACCUAAGGCUGAAAUAAACCACAUAUUCAUACUAAGGUGGGGACUUUCCAUCUUCUCCUUCCACCCCCAACUCCCCAGCCUCUUAAGAUAAAAGUUUGGGAGGGAGACUCAUCCUCAUUCUAUUCUUUCUCAGCUUCAGAGAUGGCACCUAAUGGCUCUUUUUUUGAUGGGCAUGUACAUUCCCAAAGCCAAGAGCUAAUGAAAUUCACUGCCCAGAAGGAUGACAGGGUAAAGAAGAUUAAUGAACAGAUUAGGUCUAAAAACAAGGUCCCUGUAAAAAACCAGAAACUCCUCUUGGGAUCCAAAACCCUAAACCCUGAAAAAAAGUUGUCCCACUACUGGUUGGACCCCAGCACAACUAUUCACCUGACCCUCAAGGUGGUGGAACCAAGUGAUGAGGAGCUGGAGGUGUUCCUGUUGGAGGUGGAUGAAGGAAAGAAGUACCCGUUCCACAUCCGACCAUCCAGCUCAGUGUCUCAGGUGAAGGAGGUGAUUAAAGCCAUAACAGGAGUGCCCCCUAAGGCCCAGAUUGUGAACUGCAAUGGCAAGAAGUUAGAGGACGGGAAGAUCAUGUCUGAUUACUGCAUCCAGAAGGGCAACAUCUUCUUCUUGUCGAGGAUUUGCAUAGGAGGCUAACCAGAGAGAAGGGAGCCUGGAGUCAAGAAGAAAUACAGUUCAAAUUCUUCCAGCUAAUUCCUGCUUAUGCCAAACAUGAUGCUUUCAUCCCUUGCAACGAAAAUUCAGAAUGAAGUAGACAAAGUAGAGAAGGAAGAGUAGUAAUGGUGGUGGCGGUGGUGAAAGUAGAGUAGUAAAGAGCAAGCAGAAAAAGAGAUGGCUAGAGGAAAAGUAAUUAAGGAAUUCAUUUCAAGGUUAAUAAUUCUGUAACAGUAUACUUCUAAUGUGAUGCUUAAAUAAAAUCCUUUAAAUGCUU